GAGAGGAGGAGGUUCUAUAGUCACUCCUCCAUGGGCUGGAUUUGGAUGCUGAUGUGCUGCCGAUCAAACAGUCGAACAAUAGAACUUUCUCUUCACACUUUAUAUCAACAACAAAUCCCUUCAUUUACUGAGGCCGAGCGGGUUAACAUGCUUCAUCCGUGAGCAUCCGACUCUCAUUUUCCCUUCAUUUCUAUUUAUUUGUCAGAUUAAAUCAACAGGUGACUUUUCGUGAUGCCCAGCCAGACUCUGCGCCCGCGUCUCUGCGUCCUGGAGAAGGGCGAGAACGGAUACGGCUUCCAUCUGCACGGCGAGAAGGGCAAGAGCGGCCAGUUCAUCCGCCUGGUGGAGCCCGACUCCCCCGCCGAGCUGUCCGGUCUGCGCGCGGGCGACAGGCUGGUGUUCGUGAACGGAGAGCGCGUGGAGAGCGACAGUCAUCAGCAGGUCGUGGCGAGGAUACGCGCCAGCGCCGGGAGCCUGCAGCUCGUAGUGGUGGACGCCGACACCGACCAGCUGCUGAAGAAACACGAGCUGAAGUGCUUGAAGGAGUUUGUCACGGAGGGCAUUCCGAUGCCCGAGUGCGGUGAUGAUGAGCUCGAGAUCAGCGACGAGAUGAUGCGGGACGACACGCCGCCGCCGGUGCCGGAGAGGAACGGAGAAAUCUUCCCCGUUCACAUUCCCGCGGUGGAGAAACUCAGGACAUCCGUGAGCUCGGAGACGGACUUGAAGACCCAGCUCAGACCCCGGCUAUGUGUCAUUGAGAAAGGCCCCAAUGGCUUCGGCUUUAACUUGCACAGUGAGAAGUCCAGAUCCGGCCAGUUCAUCAGAGCUAUAGAUGACGACUCGCCAGCACAGAGAUCCGGCCUGAGGCCCAAAGACAGGAUAAUACAGGUCAACGGGGUUUCGGUGGAGGGGAAGCAGCAUGCUGAGGUGGUGGCCGCUAUUAAAGCCGGGGGUGACAACACUUCACUCUUGGUCGUAGAUCAAGACACAGAUGCUUUCUUCAAGAAGUGUCGAGUGAUGCCCACUGCAGAACACCUCACAGGACCGCUGCCUGAACCUGUGGUCAACGGAGACAUGGAGGACAAGGUUAACGGAAAUGUGGCCAAAGAGGUGGAGCUGAAGGAUUCAAAGUUAUCAAUCAGUUCGUCUCCAUCCAACGCAUCCUCCAACACCUCCCUCACGACUCCGCCCCCUGAGGCUUUGGAGCCGUCCAUCAUAAAUGCCAUCCCUGAGCUCAAUCUGUCCCUGCAGCAGGUGAAAGAGCGCGCUCACCAGAAACGCUCCAAUAAGAGAGCUCCACCCAUGGACUGGAGCAAGAAAAAUGAACUCUUCAGUAACCUAUAGACCUCCGAUCGUCCGUCCACCCAUUCAUCCAUCCAUCAGCUCUGUUUAAGACUUGAUCAAACAGAGCAGAUCUUAUAAUGAGGUUAAAGUCAUCAAUGAAGUAGGCUCAAUAUGAUGUAUGUACAGUGUGUGUACACACAUAUUUAUAUGUAUUCUGAAUUAUGUAUAUGAAUUACUAACAGAUUAGAUUAGAUUACAUCUGCUACGGGGCAAAUGGAAUGUAACAUUCUACAACUGUGAUGUAUAUGUCAUUGGCUGUGUUCAGAAUGGAGUAGCUACUAACUUACUGUAAUAUUACUGCUCACUGUAUACUGUGCAUUACACACUGUAUACUGCGUACUGUUUUAGAAUUUAGUAAAACAGAAGUAGUAGUGUUAGGGGCCAUUCACAUAUCGCGUU